AUGGUCUUGCUACAGCUUUUACAAGACUGGGUGUCCAAUGGCUCUAGGUGUUGCCUCCGCCUCGGCCGCGUCCCGACCCUCGUCGUCUCCUCCGCCGACACUGCCCGAGAUGUCCUCCGCACCCACGAUCACAUCUGCGCCAGCCGCUCCUCCACCACCGUCACUCCCAUCCUCCUCGAUGGCUGCAGUGACAUAGCCUUCGCCCCCUACGACGACGAGUGGAGGCAACGCCGCUGGAUAUGCAGCCUCCACCUGUUGAGCCCCAAGAUGGUACAGUACUACGCUCUGGUUCGCGAGCAGGAGGUGGCCACCAUGGUUGCCGCCAUCUGCUCCCGUGGAUUGGCAGUGGAGAUCGACAUGUCCGCCGUCCUGUUUGCCUUCUCCAACGACAUCCUGUGUCAGAUAGUCACGGGGAAGAAGUUCGAAGGGAGGAAAGGGUUGUUCUCGAAGCUCAUCUCAGAGAACUCGGUGCUGCUGGCCAAGAUUUAUCUCGGGGAUUACCUCUCGUGGCUCGGUUGGGUGGAUUGGUUGCUCGGCAAGGUGGCGCGAGUGAAGAAGAACCAUAAGAGGUGGGAUGAUCUGCUGGAUCAUGUUAUCAAGGAACAUGAAGAGCGAGUGUCGUCGGAUGAUGAGAAAGAUUUCGUGGAUGUUUUGAUCUCCCUUCAGAAGGAUCCCGUGUUGGAAUCCAUCCUCACUCCGGAAGUCAUCAAGGCGCUUCUUCAGGUGUACCUGCCUGUUUUCUUCGGUGUGGUUGGUAGUCCAGCCAGUGAGGGAAGUUUUGGAGAGAAGCUGAGUUCGUGGGACUACUUUGGUAGAAGUAGCAUCAGGGGCACUGAUGGUGAAGGUUGCAGGAAGAGAAAUACGUCAGCAAAGUUUCUGCAAGCAUUUGCUGCUGAUCAUGACAAUCCAGAGUUGCAGAGGCAAAUAGGUUGCAUGACUGGAAUCUUCCAAAUGUUCGACCGACAGCAAAUUCUCACUGGGAGGCGUUUAAAUUUUGUUUCAAAAACUGAGACUAGUGUUACUUAG